AUGAUAUACUCUUCUGGAAGAGAAUCAUACUUCAACUUGAACUCAACCUGGUAUGAUCCUGCAGGAUCCUGGUUGGAUACUCGUCGUACACCUUUCUGCUAUGGCUAUGAAACCUGCUCCUCAGGGUGUGAUGGUGAAGGUGUUGAAGGCAUGAGAGGCCACAACUACCGGCAUUAUGGUUAUCGGCAGCCAGUCUGCUCUGAGAGAUGCCACGGCUAUGCCACGGGUGGUUCAUGCCACGAAGGUGGGGACUCAAGCUGUGUCAGGAGGCCCACAUACAGCUAUGGGUCAUCAGGAGGAUGCAACAGCUAUGGGAGGUCAGUCUGCUCUGAGAGAUGCCAUGGAUCAUCAGGUUCAUACCAGGGAGGUGGUUCGAGCUGUGUCAGAAGACCUACAUACAGCUAUGGGUCAUCAGGGGGAUGCAACAGCUAUGGGAGGUCAGUCUGCUCCGAGACGUGCCAUGGAUCAGGAUACCAGGGAGGGAAACCAUGUUACACCAAGCCCACGCAGCGUGUCUCUCAGUGCUGCCCAGUGCAGACCUGUCCACCUCCAGUGCAGACCUGUCCACCUCCAGUGAAGACCUACCCCACUCCAGUGAAGACCUGUCCACGUCCAGUGAAGACCUAUCCCAUUCCAGUGCAGACCUGUCCACCUCCAGUGAAGACCUACCCUGUUCCAGUGCAGACCUGUCCACCUCCAGUGAAGACGUACCCCGUUCCAGUGCAGACCUGUCCACCACCAGUGCAGACCUGUCCACCUCCAGUGAAGACCUACCCCGUUCCAGUGCAGACCUGUCCACCUCCGGUGCAGACCUGUCCACCUCCAGUGCAGCAAGGCUGCAUGCCUGUGACAAAGUGCAUCCCAACCCAACAACAAAAGCAGGUCUGUAAAGUGCCAGCCCGGAAAAUAAAGUAG